AGUGUUCGGGAUUGACGAGGGUGUCGGCGCCCCCCGGGAGAUCCGACUCCAGUCCCUUCGGGUCGGGGACAUCAACGACUGGAACUGGCAUACGUUCAAGGCGACCAGAUCCGGACGUUACAUCAAGUUUUACAUCGACAACGUCCAGGUGGGAGAGACCACCACCCGAAGGGAGAUGCAGUUCGUAGACCGAGGGCAGGUGUACUUAGGAGGCACCCCCGACACCAGUCUACUGACACAGGGCAGGAUAACGUCAGGCUAUGACGGGGCCCUCACUGUGGUGGAAUAUGAGAAGAAGAUCUCAGCAUUGCGUGUGGUCAUUGUCAGCCUUCUCCAAUACAUAGAAUCCGGAAAUCAGCACGGAACGUUCCAGAUCAUCAGACCGGGAGAUCCAUGGGGAACUCCGAGGCCUCCUAGGACCACGCGACGGCCUCCUAGGACCACGCGACGGCCGCCUGUGACUCGCGCCCCCACCCCUUUCCCGACACGCCGACCUGAUGUUACCCUCAGACCUACCAGACCAAGCAGCUAUAAACUACUUGACAUUAUUUCCAUCCGGUCAGCGUAUUUACAUAUUCCCGGGUAUAUUGACUUGCGCGGUCAAGGGUCAAUUUCCUUCCGGUUUCGGACCUUUGAACCUAGAGGGGUCAUUUUCUUUUCUGAGAGAUUAAGCACACCCUAUUUCUGCGCCUUUGAGAUAUUUGACGGCUAUCUUUAUAUGGUAUAUAACUUCGGGCAAGGACCCAGGAGGCAAAAGGUAUCGGACAGGAAGUUGAACGAGGGCGACUGGCACGAGAUCCGGUUACAGCUGCGUCAAAAUGAUGCUGUCGUUUAUGUCGACGGACAGACGACCUCAGUUCAGAUUGACUCGACAUCGCGUGACCAGAUUUACCUGAACAGUGGUCUUUAUGUAGGGGGUCUGCCCCAGGGACGGGAUUACCCCUGGUACAUCUGGUCCAGGGUCGGAUACAAUGGAUGCUUUGAUGACCUCAUCAUCCGGGAAUUUUCUACGGACAUGCGUGGUAGUGUUUCCAUUCCAAACAACGCUAAUGUGCAGACCGGAUGUACAAUGCUGGGCAGGUGUGACGGAACCAGGUGUAUGCACGGCACGUGCAACAACCGAAUGGACCAGUUCAUGUGUAACUGUAUGGCUUCCGGCUAUCAGGGACAGCUUUGUGAACAGCUUGCCGUGGUGGCAGGGUUCCAGGGCACCAACUCCAUCUCCUACUACUACUCAACCACCAAACAGACCCACACCAACGAUAUAGGGCUAAGGUUCAACACCAUGUUCGGCGACACAUUCCUGUUCCAGACCGCGUCCAGCCGACACCCCGAGUACAUCCGGGGCGAGCUUGAGGACGGCCGGGUCAAAGUGACGUUCUUUGUCGACGGAAGGGAACAGGUCUACUACACAGGGUCAAACCUGAAUGAUAACGCAUGGCAUGACCUCUAUCUACAACGAAGGGCCAACCAGUUGGAGCUGUGGGUGGACAGUGAACCGCACGUGCUAGGAACAUUGGAAGGUGAAGAUUUUUAUAUAAACAUUGGGGAGAUAAACUUCGGAUCCAGUACCUCGUCCGCUACCCAAUCGCCUAACUACAUAGGUUAUCUACAGAACGUCUAUUUUGACGACGUCGAUCUAUUCUCUAAGCUCCACCAGCAGCCUGAUCUAAACAUCAAAUGGUACACCAACAUUGCAGUAGGGCAGACCCCACCUAUCCCGAUAUAUAACCCUGUGACCAUUACCUCCUCGGAGGCCUAUAUGAUGCUUACGCCUCUCCCGAAGGUCGGAAACCUUCACAUCACCUUCAAGUUCCGCACCAGCCAGCCUGAUGGUGUUAUCCUCUUCAACAAAGGCAGAAAGGGCAAGUUUAUUGCGGCCGAGCUGGUUAGAGGGUACCUAGUGUUUGCUUACAAUAACGGGUACCGAACCAGUACGAACAGAAUCAACAAAAAGGUCGACGAUAAUCAAUGGCACACGUUCGAGGUUAGAGAGGUCACCCAAACUAACGGUAAUAGGGUGUACCAGGCGAGAGUUGACGAUGUUCUCCGGACUAUUCCGAUCGCAGGGGCAGGUGACCUCGAGCUGUCCGGACAUAACCUCUACCUUGGAGGAUUGUCAGAAAACAUGUUCAACCUGAACGCCUUCGUUAAGUCAACAUUGUCCUCCAACAAAGGGUUUAUGGGAUGUCUGGCCUCCGUGCAUUUGAAUACGGGAACCCCGGAUUUCAAGAAAUAUGCAAGCAGCGCAAUUCUUUUGGACACCUGUCAAGACAUCAAUGGCGUGUGUCCGGCUGGAAGUAAUCCUUGCCAGAACAAUGGUGUAUGUACGGCGGGAAUCACAACAUUCACGUGUAACUGUGACCUCACGGCGUACGCGGGACCCCGGUGUGAAGCAUACCCCCUUGGUUUGUACAUUGGUAAGAAAGGAUUGGAUGGUAUUGUAACAUACACAUACAAAAACGCCAUGAAUUCUGACAAGGACAACAUCGCCCUGGGUUUCAUGACGUACCGAGGGGAUGGGAUCCUGGCUCGCUUUGACAACCUCUACGGCACCGAGUACAUUGAAUUGCGCCUGGAGAAGGGAUUCCUUGUUGCGGAGUACGACACCGGAGAUGGCGCUCAGACUAUAGUCCUCGACAACGUCAAGUACAAUGACGGAAACUAUCACGUGGUCAACUUCUACAGAGACGCUGACGGCUCCAGAUUCUUUGUCGAUGGCUUUGUGAAGGAUCUUACUCACUCCGGGGCUCAAUCCAUCUUCGACAAUCUCCAGUACGUAUAUAUUGGUGGCAGGCAGGAUUCUAACGGAGCAAUCAUGAAUGCCUACAACGGUAUCAUCGGAGGAUUGUAUUAUAAUCGAAACAGGGUUAUUGACCUCGCCCACAACAACGACAACAACAUAGAAUGGACUGGAGAUCUGACCAUGAUUACGGAUGGUCAGUACGCCCUGGUACCUCCCAUUGUUUUAACUACCCCAAGAGUUAUUACCCCUCCUCCACGCAGUCCGGUGCCCCCAAUUGAUGGAAACAUUGUCAUUCCUCCGGAUAUAGGAGGUGGUGGAGUCAUUGGGCCAGGCUUUGGAGGUGUUGGUGGCGCAGGUGGUGGUGGAGGUGAUAUGGUGGGAAUCGGUUCUGGUCCAGGCGCCAUUACUGGCGGAGGUGGUUCUCUGACGAAUGUCGUACCCGGAAGUGGUGGAGGUCCUACUGCAUUGGGACAGACAGCAGGCGGAGCUGGAGGAGCAGGCGUUCCAUUGGCUGCUGCGGGAGGAGGUGGAGCUCGCGCGGGUGCAUUGCUUGGGACGAUUUUAGGGACGAUGGCCUUCAUGGCAAGUCUUUUAUGGGCUUUCUGGCAGUGUAAGCCGGGGAUGGUUCCGUGCUUUGGAGGCGGAGGAGGCGGAGGUGGUGGUGCUCCUUCUAUGGCUAUUUCGUCCCCAACUCCGGCAACUAACCUUCCUGUGGCUCAAGCCUUAGGUGGUGGUCCAGGUGGAGCGGCCUUGAGUGGUUCGGGAGCCGGAGGCGGUAGUGCUGGGGCCGGGGGAGCAAAGGUUACAAUUCUGAAUGGAUCUGCCAGUGGAGGUGGUGGAAGCGGCGGCGGCGGUGGCAGCAAUUCAGCUUUCUCUGCUUACUAUACCGCAUCUAAUGCGACCGUGGCUUCCGGUGGUGCUGGUGGUGCCGGUAGUGCCGGUGGCGGUUCUGCCGCUGGUGGCGGUGUUGGACAAUAUGAUGCCACGUUGAGGGCGACGGGUACAUUCUCAAACAAAGGAACCUUGAUAGGAACGCCAAAGUCUACCCGAGCCUACUUAGGAUCUACGUCAAGCGCAGGAGGUGCAGGUGGUGGCGGCGGUGGGAGUUCUUCUUACAACUACUCCUCGACCACUAAUAAUGUGUACAACAGUAACCUGAUGAGCGGAGGAGGAGGCAGUGGUGGAGGCUCCUCCAUGGAUGCCAUUGGGUACGGGGAAUCUACAACAGCGGACUACGACAUGGCGCCGGGGAUAUCCGGAGGCUCUGCAAACUACCAGGGUAACACCAUGUCUGGCGGAACUCUAUCCAAAGGCUAUUCUACGUCUACCAUGUCUUCAUCUUACAACUACCAGGUCCAGAACGUAAGGACAGUGAUGAUGAACCAGGGUGGUCAACACAUGGUCAGUUAUGGGUCAACGUCCAGUGGAGCUGUCACCCCCGGGGCGGCUGGAGAUGAGGUUAGGGUCGACUGUUGCUUUAUGACCGGUGAUGGAGCUAGUGUUGUGACCGGCUCAAGUCUGGGACCGCCCCAAGUUUGGGACAUGCAGACCGGAGAACUACUUAGAAUCAUGAAGGGUGAUACUGUCGGAUCAACCAACCUCCACUUAGCUUGUAACGACAGGCUGCUGGUGGGCGCAGUACAUGCCGAUUUAAUAAUUAACGAAUUUUCUACAAGAAAAGGAGUAACAAAUAAAAAAUUACAGAUCUGGGACUUUGUCACUGGCAAACCUUUAGAGAUGGGUAAAGAAGAGACGUGUUCAGCACUGUGUGUCAUGUCAGAUCCCGACAAGGUUGUGUUCGCACGCUCAGAACAGUUCGGUAACGCCACAAACAUUAUAGUGUGGGACUUACUAGGAAACCAACCAAUCAAAGAGAUGCGUUACGAUGCCCCUGUAGGAAACAAUGACUAUAUCAGCUACUUAGCGUUAUCUCAGAAUGAUAGAUAUUGUGUAGCCGGAUUCACUAAUACAUUCGAUAACUACGCCGAAUUUGUCACAUUUGACGUCACUUUAACUAGUAUCAACAUUACGGAGCCAAACCUUCUAAGAUUAGAUGCCAAUCCAGAUUGCACUGUGAUAUUACCACGUGAUGAAGCGGUCACCGGACUCCGGAACGGUGACCUCGUCAUCUGGAGUCUGCGCACUGGACAGUCAAGUCGUCAGCUGUUGUCAGGAUCAGGUGCACAUGCGCACAGCCGGGAAAUCAAGGCUCUUGCCAUUUCUGAGGACAGUAGAUACUUGGUGUCGGCCUCGGCAGACGGAACCCUUAAAGUAUGGGAUAUGACGUCAGAGAGACAGAUUCAUACGCUGUCUGGACACGGUGAUGAGGUUUGGUGUGUUGCAAUCUCGCCCGAUAACGAUAUUGUGGUCUCAGGAUCACGUGACGGUUCCAUCCGGUUGUGGAGAUUGAAGAACGGAAGUGAGAUAUGCACAUUCACGACUGGUGUCGAUGUGUUCUACGUCACAAUGAGUCAUGACAAAGGAACCAUUGUUGCCCUUGGUGACAAAUUUGGUGCCAGGAAACUUAUCAUGUUGCAGGUUGUUCGAACAAAGAUCCGUCGACAAAUCAGCUCCUAAAAAGUGUCGAUUUUGACGAAAAGACAAAAUAGAAAGUAACUGGUGCAAUUACAAGCUAGUAACAUGCCUUAUCUGAACGGCUGUUGGACUUCACAUAAAAAAAACUGUUUUAAACCUAUUCCACAACAAUGUGUAACGGUAACAUAUUGUUACAACGUCAUAUCAAAAGUUUUGAAUUUCUGAAAAUUAAUCUUGUUUUACGAAUUUGAAGUCUUUGCUUACUAAAUUAAAUAUGACAAAAUAUGUCACUUAGUUAAAAUAUCAUACUUAUCAAAUAUGCAAUGGAGAAUAUAUUUUGCCAAAGACUAUUAGAUUUAUUCCGAAUAACUGUGUUUUCUUUCUAACUCGCUUUGCAAAUGAAGUUUGAAUGAUAUAUAUAUACAUGUAUUUAUUUUUAUUUUUAAAUGCCAUUUAUUUAAUAUGUGUUAAUCAAAAUAAUUCGCUCCACGCAUAAUCAGCUUGAACAUUUCUUGAAAGAACUAAUGACUUCCAAAUUAUAAUUCGAUUUCUACACAGUAGACUUCCUCCUUUGUAAUGAUGAAAAAACCCACCAGAUUUUGCUUUUAAAAUUAUGUUCCUCAAAAUGAUGUUCUAAUUUUGAAUAAACGGGAAAAUUUGAAAAUGCCUAAAUGUUGCUAAUAGUAGUAGUUGAAGGACUAUAAUCAGCCAACACAAAACACUAGAUCAUACGAGGAAACUGUUCAUCACAUUUGGAGGAUUUGGUCGUGAUAUUAUUAUCAUAUAUUUUUUUUUAAUUUUCAUCAUUGCAACAAUCAACAUAAUGAUGA